UUAUCUGUGCUUGAGUCUUUUGUGGAACGUCACCGGUCACCUCUUGAGUCACGUCAGUUGAGUUGUUGGGAACUUGAAAGUUAUUUGUUGAUAGUUAUCGAAAUACAAAAAAUAAACUUAAAGAUGUGUUGAUUGAAUGUGGAACAGAAAUUUCUAAUAUAGGUACCAGUAAUCAUGAAUACAACAGUAAAAAAACGUGCAAUUAAUAAGAAAUUUAAAGAGGUCAGCGAACUCGAGUCGGACAGUUAUACGGGAAAGCCCUACACCGAAAGAGAAGUCGGAGACGGCGCUCCAGCUGAGAAUGAAAUGAAUGAGCAAAAACAGGAAGAGAAAAUAAAAGAAGCAAAUGACACAGGGAAUGAUAGAUCACCUUCCGGGUUUUACUUACAUUUAGAAAUAAAUUUAGUGUUUUUGGGCCUUCUAGCCUUAGCACUAAGUACCAGGCUGCCAAACCUUGAUGAACCUCGAUACAUAGUGUUUGAUGAAUUACACUAUGGCAGAUAUGUGUCCUUGUAUACGAAAGGCAUUUUCUUUUUUGAUGCCCAUCCACCUUUGGGCAAACAGUUGUUGUACUUAGCUGGCCGUGCAGCUGGUUAUGAUGGAAACUUCACCUUUGACAAAAUUGGAACACCUUACACAGACAAUGUACCAGUGGUAGCUCUAAGAACUAUUCCAGCAGUGGCUGGAAGUCUACUAGUAGCUAUUACAUAUCAAUUAAUGUUAGAAAUAUCAUUUUACCACUGGACUGCUAUUUUAGCUGGUCUUCUUGUUUUAUUUGAAAAUUGUUUCCUAGCUCAAUCAAGAUUCAUGUUGCUAGAAACAAUACAGAUAAUGUUUGGACUGUGUGGAGUGUACUCUGCUAUUAGAAGUACUCGCCGAACUGGCUUCGCAGGUGUUGUGUGGCUAUGCGUUUCUGCUCUAUCACUAGGUUGUUGCUUUUCAGUCAAAUACUCGGGAAUAUACACUUACUUCCUCGGGUUCUUCAUAGUUGGACGACAGAUUUGGCGCCGCAUUGCAAAUCCUGAAUCCGGAGCUCGUCUUGCCUUUUCGGCAUUGUGGCGACUGCUCGUUUUCACUAUUAUUCCAUUUGCGGUUUACGCCAGCGUAUUCUAUGUUCACUUACUAAUGCUACCGAAAGCUGGACCGCAUGAUAGUGUUAUGACCAGCGCCUUCCAAGCGUCUCUACAAGGCGGGCUUGCUAGUAUCACUAGAGGUCAGCCACUACAUGUCACACAUGGUUCACAAAUUACACUGAGACACACGCAUGGACGAACAUGCUGGCUCCACUCACACGCUCACGUAUAUCCAGUGCGAUACACAGAUGGGCGAGGUUCAUCCCAUCAGCAACAAGUUACAUGCUACAGCUUCAAAGACGUUAACAACUGGUGGCUCGUGAAGCGCCCCGACCAAGUUUCGCUGGCAGUGUCGCGCCCGCCUGAUGCUAUUCGACAUGGCGACGUUGUACAGCUGUUGCAUGGGAUCACCAGCCGAGCUUUGAAUUCGCAUGAUGUUGCCGCACCUGUUUCACCACAAUCACAAGAGGUUUCUUGCUACAUCGACUAUAACGUGUCAAUGCCAGCUCAGAACCUCUGGCGAGUUGAUAUCGUGAACCGAGAUAGUGAAGAUGCGACAUGGGAUAGUAUUCGCUCUUUAGUUCGUUUGGUGCACGUAGACUCUGGCUCAGCGCUGCGUUUUAGCGGACGACAGUUACCUGCAUGGGGCUUUCAUCAGCAUGAAGUAGUUGCUGAUAAAGUACUCACUCAUCAAGAUACGGUUUGGAAUGUUGAGGAACAUAGGUAUACGAAAGCUGAAGACAGAAAAGAAAGGGAGCGUGAACUUGUAUCUGCAGAAAUGAUACCGACUGCUGUAACUCAGUUAACAUUUUGGGAGAAGUUCGCAGAAUUACAAUAUAAAAUGAUAGCUCACGCACCUGAUGCGCCACACGGCCAUAUGUUCGCGAGUGAGCCAAGCGAGUGGCCUUUACUCGUUCGUUCUAUCGCGUACUGGCUGUCACCAAACUCCAAUGCUCAAGUACAUUUAAUUGGGAAUCUCAUUACCUGGUACACCGGAUCUAUUUCGGUUCUACUCUACAGCGGAUUCCUCGUCCUAUAUGCAAUUCGGCAACGACGAGCUUGUACCGACUUACCUCCGAUGGCCUUACAAAAAUUCUACGACGCCGGUUGCAUUUUGUUUUUAGGUUACUGGAUCCAUUACCUCCCCUACUUUUUUAUGGACCGCACAUUGUUUCUACAUCACUACUUACCCGCUUACAUUUUUAAAAUCCUACUCUUAGCUUAUGUAAUAGAUCAUCUAUAUUAUAUCAUUCAAUUGCGUGAGAAAACUCGCCCAAUCACAAAUAUUUUCACAUUAUGUAUAGUAAUAUGGUUAGCGUAUAUAGUAAUUACAUUUAAGAAAUUUAGUGUUCUCAACUACGGGAACAUUGACCUGACUGAACAUGACUUAUUGAAUCUCAGGUGGAAAGAUACAUGGGAUUUUAUACUUCACAAGAAAGGAUGAUAGAUGGAUAUCAGCAUCCUUUAGAAUUUCAGCUGCCAUUACAAAGAUCUUGUCACAAUUAUUUAUUACUCUACAUAAUAUGAAUAGCUAAUAUUUUUAUAAAUACUCAUUGAUAUAUUCUAACUGUACAUACUCAUGCAGGUACUCAGAGAAUACUGCACAUUAUUUUUUUAAUUAUUUUACUUCUUUUUGCAUGUCCUUGACUGUAUGGUGUAAUUGAAUAAUAAAGAGAAGCAUAGUGUAGUAGAUGUACAAUACUGCAAUGUGUUCAUUGAUGUGUUAACAGUCUCAUGGGGGCAAUUCCGUCCAGAAAGUAUUUUUAUAUGUUUACAGUUUAUAAUAAAUAUUUUUAUAUAGAUAUUGUUUUUAUUGAAA